AUGGAGGCUUUGAAUCGGUUCAGCGACGAGGAAAAAGAUAUUUUGCGCAAAAGUUGGAAGGUUUUGGACCGCAAUUUGAAUAAUACUGCUUAUAACAUUUUUGAGAUGAUUAUUUCACAAAGUCCAGAUACAAAACAGGUUUGUUGUUUUUUGGGCUGUGAAUUUGGGAAACGUUUAAAAUUUCAAAUUCUUGAAUUCAUUUGAGCUAACUUUAUGUUUUGGUUUAUGGGAUUUAGAUGAGGUAUGAUCUUUGAAAAUAAACAAAUUGAUGUUUAACCUUUUUUGUAAAAAAAAGAUAGGAAAUCAAAUUUUGGCCGAGAGUUACUUUUUAAUUCUCCGAACAUUUUUCUAGACUAGGUAUACGUUGAGUUCAGACAAAUUGAAAUAUCUAAUUAUAUAAAUAUAGGUUAUUUUGUGUUGAAGAAAAUUGUCAAAAAAAAUGGAUAUAAUAUUUGUUUAGGUAUGAAAAUUGACUAAUGUAAUCCUAAAUAAAACAAGAUUCCUAAAUGUUUUGAACAAUAGUUAUGAUAUGGCGAAGUUGUGUUUUUUUCGGAAAAAUUCAAAAUUUGAAAAACUCUCUGAAAUAAAAAUUAUAAAAAUAAUAAAUAUUCCUCAAAUUGUUCUCUUUUCCUUCUUGUGUUUUGAACUACAAACUUUUCCCAAAAAAUACUCAUAUAUAAAUGAAAAUUAAAUAAGAUCAUAAAUUUACUUUUCCCCGUUAGUCACGUGUUCCAAUAUCUUUAUGUAGUAACUUUGGUAGAUUAUUUAUUUCUAUACUUAUCGAAAAUAAUUAAAUACUUUGCGUCGUGAUCUUUGGUUUUUCAGCUUUUUCCAUUUAUCAAAAUGAAUCAAGGUGGCCGAUGUCGCGAGAUGGAAUUCCACGCACUUCGAUUUAUGCAAGUAAGCAUUUAAAGGAUAUUCGAAUUUCCGUCAGCACUUAUUCUAAUUCUCAAUUUUAUCAGGUGCUCGAAUCGGUCGUAAAAACAUUAGACAAUCCGGAGACACUUAAUCCAUUAUGUGAUAAUUUGGGACGAGUUCAUGGAAGACUUAGCGAAUCUCGUGGAUUUCGAACUCAUCAUUGGGGUGUUUUCAUUGAAUGUACACUUUUUUCAUUUUCGAAAAGUUUUGGGACAGGCAAGUUUUACAUUUGUAGAGAAGAAAAUUCGUCACCGGAUUUGUAUUUCAAAACCUCGUGUCACAAAGUUUAA